UCUAAAUGCAGAACAUCAGUGCGUUGACUGUUGUGUAAUUAUGUAACAGACUCUCUCAGGGUUUGGGUGGACACACAACUAGAAGCCCAUUUUUAGUUUGUAAAACAAACCCAGAGUUUUUCUGGAGCUUUGAAGGAAACUCCUCCUCUAACCAAGACUGCAUUCCUCCCUGGACCGUUUUCCCCAAACGUGGGAGACUGUGGAGAGAGAGAGAGAGAAAGAGAGAGAGAGUGUGUGUGUGUGUGUGUGUGUGUGUGUGUGUGUGUGUGUGUGUGUGUGUGUGUGUGUGUGUGUGUGUGUGUGUGUGAGAAGACACGGAGGAACACCACAGCCCUUUCAGACCAAAAAAAGAUCUGUUGGUACGACUACACAAGGAUCCACUAAAAUGGCUUUUCUGUUGAUGUGUGUGACCGUUCUGCAUUUGGUCACCCUAGCCAUGCUUUUCAUUGCCACCAUGGAGAAGUCCUGGUGGUCUUGGGGAGACACAGAGAACACAGAUCUCUGGUAUAAGUGCAUCUAUGAAAACGCCACAGGACCCUGGUUAUGUGCUUCUGCCAAAGACAGCGAAUGGCUGCAGUCAGUCCAGGCCUUCAUGAUCUUGUCUGUGGUGCUCUCUUCAAUCUCCUUCAUGGUGUUCCUCGGACAGCUCUUCACCAUGUCCAGAGGAGGUCUUUUCUUCUUCACUGGCUUUUGCCAACUAUUUGCAGGUUUUGCGGCGUUUGGAGCUGUUCUCAUCUACACCUUUCAAAGGAGUGCGAUUCUUCAAGAUUCUCGUGAACUGGAAAAAGGUCAUUUCGGCUACUGUUACAUUCUAGCGUGGGUGUGUGUGCCUCUUUUACUUAUCAGUGGCGCACUUUAUGUGCAUCUGCGCAAACAGGCCUGAUUUUCUGCUUAACACCAACUGAAUCGCCAGUUUAUGAUAUUGCCUAUUGUUAUUUAUUAUAAUAACAUUACUUUUCAGGCCCAAACUUUUUUUUUUUUUUUUUUUUUAUUUUUUUUUUUUUUUUGCAACAAAACUUGCUGUAUUUCCCAUAAUGGGGAAACUGCUGCUUUAAGUUUGAUACUGACGAUCAAGUGGGAUUGAAAACUUAUUUUUGAAAGGAAAAUUCAAAUGUUCUAAAUAAUUUAGCAUUACAUCACUUGCUCAGCAACGGAUCCUCUGCAGUGAAUGGGUGCCGUCAAAAUGAGAGUCCAAACAGCUGAUAAAAACAUUAAAAUAAUACACGUGUGUUUUUAGUUAAAUACAUCAUUAAGGUGUUAAAAAUCCUAGCUAAAAUACGACUCCUAUCCAUAAUAUUUACUUCUCCAGUGAAACAGUCGUCUAGUCUGAAUCAGGAGAGAGAUAUGCACACCGUUUACAAGCAGUCCAAAAUGGUUCUAAACAAAUAUUGCAGUAGAUUUUGAUUUGAGAGUACAACAGGAGAUGGACUGUUUCACUGGAGGAAGCAUUGUUAUGAAUUAUGAACUGAUAUUUUGUCCAGAAGCGGCAGUUUAAAAUGAAAAGGCCUCAAAAAUGGAUUUGUUUUUGGAAAAUGUGCAUCUUUUCCCUUCACAAGAUGUUAAUGACGUACUGGAUGGCUUUUGGAUUACUGUGGUGUUUUUAUCAGCUGUUUGGACUCUCAUUCUGACGGCACCCAUUCACUGCAGAGGAUCCAUUGGUGAGCAAAAGAUAUAAUGCUACACUUCUCCAAAUCUGUUCUGAUGAAGAAACAAAUGCUCAGCUAAUUUUCAUUGUUGGGUGAACUGUUACUUUAAAUAAUGCUUUAAGGAAACUGGAGUGUAAAAAACACAGAAAUCUUUCUUUCGAAUCAAACUGUCAGAAUUCCCAAAACUGGAAACUUUAAACCUUUCUUAUUUUCCAAUCCUAAAUAUGUGCAUUUGUAUUAUUAUGUUUUAAUGUAUGCAAACUUUAUAAAUAAAAUAUUUCUUAACAAUGACAACAGUAUGAUGUUUCUGGUUAGAGUAAACCUUCAGUGCAACAAUGAAAAAACAGAAAAAGAACAGUCGUUCCACAAAAAUGCUGUAGGAUCGACAAGUGUCCACUAGAAAAUGUUUGAUAUCGAGUGAGUCAUGGUGCUCUUUAAGUGGUUUACAUAGUAAUGAGAUUCAAUAAGUAAAAAUAGUUGUUAUUUUGUACCAAUCUGCUAAUUGAAAUACUUAAUAAUGUUCUAACAAAUCUGUAUCACUGUGUUUAGUUGACUUAUCAGCGUGACAAUAGACCAUCAUACUACACAUUCUUUGCUUUGAAAAGCACUGUUGAUUCUGUCUAGGCACAAAAUAAACAUGCCACCACACAUAGAUGUGGCGAUUAAAGAGGAAUGUGUGCAUUAAUUGCACGAGUUGCAUGCAUUCCAGGAACUUGCUCAUGCAAAACCCAAAG